AUGGAUGCAGAACUCGUGCCGGAGACACAGUCGCUGAGAGACGUGUAUGUAGCGGAUGCAGACGCCCAGCAGCCUCUAGCACUCGAGCAUCAGACCCGGUGGAACAACCUGAUCAAGCAGUUCACGAGUCGCUAUGGUGGACUGCCCGGUUUCGUCGCCCGGAGCCCCGGAAGGGUCAACAUCAUCGGCGAGCACAUCGACUACUCGCUCUACGAUGUGCUGCCUACAGCUCUGAGCGUGGAUGUCCUCGUUGCGGUGAAGAGUACACCGUCAGACGGCCCUAUCUCGACUGUCAAGGUGGACAACACCGACUCUAGAUUUGCCGCGGGUGGAUUCACCGUCUCCUCUGAUCGGGAGGUGGAAAUUGAUGCUACCAAGUCCGAUUGGGUCAAUUACUUCAAAGCAGGUCUCAGGGUAGCUGUAAAGUAUCUGCGGGAGAAGAAGUCGGGUUCAACUUUUGUUCCUGCAAACAUUGAAGCCUUGGUCGAUGGAAAUGUCCCGCCGGGAGGUGGGAUAUCGAGCAGUGCCGCGUUUGUCUGUGCAAGUGCGUUGGCUGUUGUCAAGGCGAAUGGACAUAAUAUCUCCAAACAGGACCUCUUGAACAUAUCAAUUGUCUCUGAGCGUGCGGUUGGCGUCUAUUCGGGAGGGAUGGAUCAAGCUGCUUCAAUAUUCUCUCGUCGAGGAUAUCUACUCUACGUCAGGUUCUUCCCGACUUUCAACGUACAACAUGUGGCACUUCCCAAGGCAACCACUGAAAUCACCUUCAUGGUGGCCCAGAGCUUCGUCACAUCCAACAAAGCCGAGACUGGUCCCAGGCACUAUAACCUCCGUGUAGCAGAAUGCACUCUAGCUGCCGUCAUACUGGCGAAGAAACACAACAUCACACUGCAAAAGGACAGCAGCUCAUUAGGAUAUAGCCUUCGAAACCUGCACGAGGAGCUAAUGCGUCAGGACGGCAGACAUGAAGACCCAUUCGAGUACCAGCUUGACUCCCUUAUCCUCAUUGUAGAGGAAACAUUCACCCAGGAACAGGGAUACACUCGCUCUGAGAUCGCAGAACUCCUACAACUCACGGUCCCACAGGUAGAAGAACAGUUCCUCUCUUCAUUCCCUGUGCAGGCGGAACGGUUCUUCCUUCGUCAACGUGCACUACACUGCUUCAAGGAGGCUCGUCGUGUUCUAGACUUCCGAUCAUGCCUUGCCCGUUCGCAUGCUCUCGAUCAGCAUAAUUUAGAGUACCUAGGACAGCUACUUAAUGAAUCACAGGCCUCUUGUCGUGAUGUCUACGACUGUACGUGUCCGGAGGUUGAUGAGAUGUGUGAGAUUGCGCGCAAGGCGGGGUCGUUGGGUAGCCGUGUGACGGGUGCUGGAUGGGGUGGGUGUACGGUGCAUAUGAUUCCUCAGGAGAAAGUAGAGGACGUCACGAGGGCGUUGAGAGAAAAGUAUUAUCUAAAACGAUGGCCGGAUAUGGAGAAGGAGAAACUCGAACAGGCAAUGGUUAUCAGCAAGCCGUCCAAUGGAUCGUUUUUGAUUACUGGUGCUGCAAUAAUGGACGGUGAAUGA